UAUUAAAAUUCAUGAUAAAAUUUCAACUUAUAUUUUUCAUUUUUAUCAAAUUCUUAAUGAAAAAUCUCUCCGUAGUAAAUCCAUCUGCAUCUUUCUCCCACAUGUCUCCCCUCUCUCCCGUCGUCUCCAUGAGAUGUACACUAUUUUCAAUCCUUUGACUCAUUCUCUAACAGGCGGCAAAUACUAUGGCAGGCCGUCCAACAAAGAAGAAGAAGAAGCCGCAGCGGCAGUUGAAUAGAAACAAUAGCUAUAAAAUCAUUCAACCAUUAAAAAAAAGAUUCAGGAGCUCUCCGGAUGUCGUCCCUCCCGCCGGCGCCGCCUCCCUCUCCGGCGAUCCCAAAGCAUAAAAUAAAUUCGACGGCGGCCUCUCCACCGCCUCCACCUGCUCUAAACUUUUCGUCCAUUUCGGAGUCGAUACCGAAGCAGGCUAUUAUUGGGAUUGCGGUCGGGGCGGUGGCGGUUGUGGUGAUUGUCACCAUUGUGUGUCUCUGUUGCGGAAAGAAGCGAAAGAGAAAAGGUUAUGAAUCGUGGAAUGACAGUGAAUGGUCUCUCCGGCCGCCAUUGCCGCUGCAGAAAGAUUUCAGCUACACUGCACCUCCUCCAAUACUAAAGAAUUAUUAUCCACCAUCAGAAAAACAAGUAGUCAAACAUCCUGAAGUUCCGAGUCCCCCACCACGGCUUACUUCUCAUCCACCUCCUCAAACAAUUUAUAACAACAGCUCAAAUUCUGGGUCCGAUUACUCACAGAUUUCACUGCCCCCGCCGGCACCUACCCCGGCCUUCGGAUUCAGUAAAAACAGUUUUACAUAUGAGGAGCUAGCUCUGGCCACAGAUGGAUUCUCUGAUGCCAAUCUUCUUGGACAGGGAGGCUUCGGAUUUGUGCAUAAAGGUACACUUUUGAACGGGAAAGAAGUAGCCAUUAAGCAAUUGAAAGCUGGAAGUGGGCAAGGGGAGCGCGAGUUCAGGGCUGAGGUUGAGAUAAUCAGUCGUGUACAUCACAAGCACCUGGUUUCUUUGGUUGGUUUCUGUAUUUCUGAAGUUAAAAGACUGCUGGUUUAUGAAUAUGUUCAGAACAAUACGUUGGAAUUUCACUUGCAUGAAACUGAUCGACCAACUAUGAGCUGGCCAACCAGAUUAAAAAUUGCUUUGGGGUCUGCUAAAGGGCUGGCGUACUUGCAUGAAGACUGUAAUCCUAAGAUCAUACACCGGGAUAUUAAGGCAGCCAAUAUCCUUCUCGACUACAAUUUUGAAGCCAAGGUUGCUGAUUUUGGUUUAGCAAAGCUUGCGCCUGAUAAAAGUACACACAUUUCCACCCGGGUCAUGGGAACUUUUGGGUAUUUGGCGCCAGAAUAUGCUUCUUCAGGAAAACUUACAGAUAAAUCUGAUGUGUUUUCUUAUGGAGUCAUGCUAUUAGAGCUAAUAACCGGAAAGAAACCCAUCGACGCAGCUGUAUCCUUGGAUGGAAGCUUAGUUGAUUGGGCAAGGCCCCUAUUAACAAGAGCUAUGGAAGAUGAUUACUAUGGUGAUUUGGUUGACCCACGCCUUGAGAGAAAUUAUAGUAUGAAGGAAAUGAAACGGAUGAUCGCUUGUGCUGCUACUUGUGUCCGCCACUCCGCAAGACGUAGACCUCGAAUGAGCCUGGUUCUUCGGGCUUUAGAAGGAAGUGUUUCCCUGGAAGACCUGAAUGAAGGAAUGCAACCAGGCCAGAGCAGUAUGCAUGACUCCUAUACUACUAAUACCAGUUCUGACUGCGACUCCCAAAGGUACAAUGAAGCAAUGCAGAAGUUCAGAAAAAUGGCACUGCAGAGUCAAGUUUAUACAAGUAGUGAGUACAGUGGAGGAACCAGCGAAUAUGGCCUUGCUCCCUCUCUAACAAGCAGCGAAGGCCAGAACACACGAGAAAUGGAGAUGGGAAUGAUGAAGAAUAUUCAUAGCUUUAACAGUAACUAGCCGUUAAGACUGAACACUAACUUAUUUGAAGAGCAUUCAUUUCUUCGGAAUUUCCGAGGAUAAGAAAACCGGAAAGGGUAGAGCAAGGGAUGUUAUUAUUUCGGUGUUCUGUACAAUCUCUGUGGAGUUAUUUCAGAAGAAAUUAUUGAA